AUGUCGCCCAAGGAUAACCUCCGUUUGCCCUCGCCAUCUACGCAAACCACAUCAGUUCCAUUCAAUGACACGGCUUUGAAUCGAUAUUUUACACUCUGGGCAAUCAGGCUGCUUAAGUCUACUAGGCCUCGCAAGGGAAGCGUUCUUAUGUUGACAGACCGGUUGUGUGUCAAAUACGGUUCCCAUGUGCAUUUAUCCGAGGCCUCUACAAUGCAUUUCAUAUCGCAGCAAACGUCAAUUCCAGUCCCAAGGGUUAUAUCUGCGUUCACACACUGUGACCAGACCUAUAUCUUGAUGGAGAGAAUUAAAGGGGAUAUGAUUGGAGUUGGUUGGGUGCAACGAAAUGAGGAAUCAAAGGCUAAGCUUCUUUCAAAAUUGAAGUCUAUGAUUCAAGAGAUGCGAGAAAUCCCGGCGCCAGAGGGCACAGAAAUAGCUUCUGUUGAUGGCGGAUCCAUGUUUGACUGCCGAUUACCAGGCCAUUCCUUGCGUUUAGGUCCCUUUCACAGCAUCCAGGAUUUCCAUCGGCAUUUACGAGAAGGUAUCGAAUUCGAUCCUAUUCUUGAUCCUGAGAUUCAGGAGCUCAUCAAACAGCAAGGCAAAUCAUGGCCUUUAAAAUUUACUCACGGCGACCUUAGCAGCCUCAAUAUACUGAUUCGUGGGGAUGAUAUUGUUGGAAUCAUUGAUUGGGAAACUUCUGGUUGGUAUCCAUCGUAUUGGGAAUACACUACCGCUUACCAAGUCAAUCCACAAAAUUCUUUUUGGGUCAAUGAGAUCGAUAAAUUUCUUCUUCCGAUGCCCGAAGAGCUAGCAAUGGAACGCACUCGCCAGAAAUACUUUGGAGGUAUUUGA